GUAAACCCAUUUCUCAGUCAUAUAUUGUGUCCGCGAUUUGAAACCAAAAAUAGCCCUCAAAUGAGUGCCAAUUGAUUGUCAAUUCAUAUAUAAUAUAAUAAUGCAUUGAAUUUGAAAAUAUUUAUGAAUCUGUUGUGAAAUCACUUGACUUUUGGCCCAAAGAGGCAGUGAUUGAGAUAUUGAAUGCUUUACUGAUUGUCGGAGUCUUAUAAAUAUCAUAUAAACAGCAAACCAUUGGUUCAGUACUUAUCGUAUGAUUAGUCAAUGCUUUGCCACCAAUACUACCACUAAUACCACUCAUUAUAUCAUUGAUCGUAACAAUCGGUUAAUUGUCUCAACCAUUGCCACAAAGCUGUCACCUCUUCGCACAAAUACUUGUCAUUUAAUUGUGUUAAUUGUGUCAAUCAAAGUGAUCAUUGAUUGUCACCAUUCACUGGCAUUUGUUGCCAUAAUAAGCACACAUUUAUGAUAAUAGUGUCCAUUAUUUGCUGUAUUUUGUCAUUCAUUUAGUAAUUGUUUGCAAAUCACGUGCGAAACGAGACUUAGAUCCCAAAGACUAUCAUAACUGGAGAGAAAGAUGUCGUCCCGAAAGCGCCGCAACUCUUCGUCGAGGCAUACGUGCGAUGGAAGUCCUCCUCAGAAGCGGCCGAAUCUCAUAAAACCCGCCAUUUUUAGUGAUGACAGGGAAGCCAUUCAGGAGUUGUCUGAAUGCGAUUACUCGUUAAAAGUGUCCUUAGAUUCGGGCAAAAAGGGUCUCAUCGGGAGACGCAUCCGGAUAUACGCGGACGGCAUAUACGACAUGUUUCACGCGGGACACGCCAGACAACUACUGCAGGCCAAGACUGCCUUUGAUAAUGUCUGGCUUAUUGUCGGAGUAAACAGCGAUAAAUUGACCAACAAAUACAAGGGAAAGACUGUCAUGAAUGAGACGGAACGGUACGAAGCGGUCAGACAUUGCAGAUAUGUUGAUGAAGUGGUGAGAGACGCGCCGUGGGUUCUGACCGAUAAGUUCUUGGAGAAGCAUAAGAUUGAUUUUGUCGCCCACGAUGACAUCCCCUACACGUCCUCCACUUCGGACGAUGUCUACACAUUCAUCAAAGAGAAGGGUAUGUUCUACACGACUGAGAGGACGGAAGGCAUUUCCACAUCGGAUUUGGUGUCGCGAAUAGUCCGCGAUUACGAUGUGUACGUCCGGCGCAAUCUGGCGCGUGGCUACUCCGCCAAAGAACUCAACGUCUCGUUCCUCAACGAGAAGAAGUUUAAGCUUCAAAACACAUUGGAUUCGUUCAAAGAUAAGAGUAAGACAUUUGUGGAGAAUCUGGAAGAGAAACGACACGAACUGAUCCAGAAAUGGGAGGACAAGUCCAGAGAAUUCAUCAAUAAUUUCCUCGAAUUAUUCGGUCGCGAAGGAAGGAUUAAUAACUUCUUGAGCCAAAGCACGGGUCGUCUGAAGAGAGCUCUGUCUCCUGUUCCGAGUCCGUCGUCGAGUCCCACCCGAAACGGUAGUGACUCUCCGGACGCCAAACACAUGCGUUCCUAUAGUGCCGAAAGCGAUGGCAAUCAGUUCUCCGACGACAGCAGCGACGACGAGACCGUCAAAUACUUUACGCCAACUCUUAAGCAGUCUCUCGAAGAACUGCAACAAUAAUAAUAAUAAUAAUUAUGAUAUUUAUGUCUCAAAAUAAAUAUUUAAUAUUUUGUCCAAACAUUUUUGUGCAACAAUUUUAGGUCUAGUCUUAAGAACUCUGCAACAAUUUUGUGUCAAAGUGUAUACAAAAUAUUGAUAAAACAAAACUGAGUUUAAGCCCACCGUUUGGAUUCUGUUUCCCAAAGCCUUGAAAAUAUUUAUUUCUUUAGCUAACAUGAGGUCUAUAAUAGGGUUUUUGAUUUGAAUUCCAAUUUGUAUUUUUACAAUCAUUUUCAUUUGAGAGUAUAUUUUAAAUCUGUGGUAUUCAAGACUUGUUGUUAACUAUUGCGUUAACUGUUAAUCUGACGAAUAAAGUGUUAUGAAAAUACUUAAAUGUAAAUUAAUUGGCAAAAUUGCAAAGUUUCAAAUCUAAUAAAAGUUAUUUCAUUGAAGAAAUAUUAGAGGAAUUGUUAAAUUGUGUGUAGAGUUAAACUAUUUAUUCAAUAAAUGGG